ACCCGUGUAUCUGUUCAAAAUGAGGGGUUAUGAGAAUGUUAGGGGUAUCCAGGUGCAUGUGCAGGUAAUGCUCAGAUAAUUUAACCCAUCACUGGCUCAGAUGGAAUAAAAUUUGCCUGUUCUGCUAACCUUUCUGUGAGAUACUUUGAUACAGUUUGGGUUGGAUUUUUUUUUCCUUUCUAUCUAAAGAGUGGAACAACAGGAGCCUUUUGCGUGUUCAUUCAUUACCUUUAAUUCACCUGUUUACAUUGCUUUUCCAAAUCCGUGUUCAUUUACUUUGCUUUAGCUAAAAAUAGAGUCUGCAUUUUUGGUGGAAUAACAACUCGAGGCACUUUGCUUAUGUCACUGGAAUGAGUCUGCCUCUGUCAUAUCCUCCCAGCAGCUUAUAGUGCAUCCUCAGCUUUUUCUCUUUUCACCUCCCACGAGUGAGUUACUAUGACAUAAAGCCAGCAGGACCAAGGUUUCGCUUAGUGGCAAGUUGUUUUCAGAGCUGCCAAAUGCAUCUGUUCUCCAUUGCAAUCUGCAGAAGGGUUAUGAUUCUUAUUUCCAGCCUGCAAAGUGCUCGUGUGCCUGGAUCAGGCCAGGUGGGGACAGCCGUAGCCUCAUCUGCUGCCCUCUUCUUGCCGCACCCACUGCAUUGCCCAACGACAGAGCCACUGCUCACAUUCACACUGGAUUAAACUCCCAUUGUGUAGAAGUAUGUUGAAAGGAAGCUCCCUGCUUGGAACUGAUAGCAAAGGAUCUGCAGGUAGCACAAACACCAGUCCUGGCAAGUGGGGAGUGCGCAGGCUGCACUCGAUCAAUGUGCAGGCAUGCAGCCAUUCAGGAUACAGAAGGAAGGGAAAAGCCUCCUGGAAUGCAGCCCAUGAGCAUCAGAACACAUAAUUAAAGUGUGCAUAACCAGCUUGUGUUUUUUCCCUGAGCUUAUGAAGUGGUUACACUGAAUCCCAUACAUCACCAAAGAGCUUGGUGCAGAGGGAGAACUCAAGCUGACCGGAGUUGCUAGAGCAUCUGUCAUUAGGUUUUGGCUAAAGAAAAGAUUAAGUUGUGAAAAGUUUUUUAUUUUCUGAAGCUCACAGUGGGGAAACUGAAACUUGAAGUGAAGAUAGCAGCUCUCUUGGGAUGAGAGUGAAGAGUUUUGAGGCUGUUGAUCUGCUUUUCCAUUACUGAACUGGACCUUUCUGGUGAUCUGCCUCAGUGCUAUGUAACAACAUUGCAGAGGGAGCAGUCCUGCUUGUUCUGAGCUGCCUGUGACAAAGGAAUUGACAGCUUUUAGGGCUGUGGAGAGUGGCAUUAAGAAAUGUGUAUAUCAGGUAUUAAAGACCUACAGGUUCUUAAUGUAAAAAGCAUGAUCUCUCUCACUGUGUAUCUGCACGGCUCUCCAGGUGGCCACCCUUGCACAGCUCCAGCUGCGAUCAAAGCCUUUUGCUGGCAGUCACUGAUGGGGAAUAUCACCGUUAUCUCUGUCUGAUCACUUCUCAGUCUCAGCACGGCUGUUCUCACCGUUCCUUUUCUGGAUGAGGAGGAGCUGAAGUGCAGGAGGAACUAGAGCACAGCAAGGACUGGACCCUGGCUCCUGGUACCUGAAGCAACAGGCUGAAUGCUGACCACCCCCCUGGAAGUAGUGUAAGGCUUUAUCACCGAGGGACCAAAGAUCUCAUUUUUCACGAUAUUGUUUGUUUUGCAACCUUCUGGUUUUGCCAUAUAUCAUUGAUCUGCUCUGUCAGAUGCCAGGUCUCUCUAAAACUACAUCUCUGCAUGCACAACAAUGCCCACGGGUAAUAGGAAACUGGGGUUUCAAGAGAAAACCCGAUCCCAGUGCUAGAUAAUAGCAGUUUCCUAAAUAAAUGUGUGGUUGCCCUAAGGGCUGAGCUUGCUGCCAGACGCACCUUUUUUUGAUUGGUGAGAGCAGCAAAUGACGCUUCGUGGCGUAUAAGUGCAAGAGAAAACACAGCAGCACAGAUAAGUGGAGCCAACGAGCACCGGCGAAGGAGGGUUGCAAAGGUGUUAAAGCAGCUGCUUGCCAUGGCAUUUGGAAUGCUCAUCUACAUUUUGCUGAAAGCAAUGGGGGCACUGAGUGAGGAGGCGGCUCUCACUGUUUCAUCCCUCAGCACAGAAAUGUGGAAUAGCUGGACGAAAAACAACACUGAAGGUGCUAAUGAUGUCACUGCUUUGGGGAGAGCCAUGCAAUCUGGACCUGAGGUUUUGGCAGCAGACUAUGCAGAGCAACCAAGGCUCCUGAAGCUCAUGCAGGCCUGUCUGGAAGAACACCACAGUUAUUGCAUAAAUGGGCUCUGUGCUUUCCACAGCGAACUGAGGAAACCCAUAUGCAAAUGCCUUGCAGGUUACAAUGGAGAGAGGUGUGAGCAUUUAACACUGAAUUCCUACGCGCAUAAUUCUUAUGAGCGCUACAUUGCUGUGGGGAUUGGCAUAGGAAUACUCACAAGUGGGAUACUUGCAAUCAUCUACUGCUACGUAAGGAAGAGAUGCAGGAAAUUGAAAUCUCCCUACAAAGUCUGCAUGGGAGAGACAGCACUGUGAAGCCCUGGCAUCAAAAUGCUUACCAGUGUGUCUGUAAACAAGAGGCAGUUCUGUUUCGAGGGCCACUCCAUGCAGUCUAGCAAUGUCCAAGCCUCGCUGAUGGGAUGAAAUAAAGAGAAUGACAGAGUGAGGGCAUGAAUGGAGCUCCUGCAGAACUGAUGGGCUCCAUUUGCUUCUGAAGAAAGACUUAAUGUUUUUAGACAAGAUUGCUAGAUGAGCGGGUCAAAACAGCGGAGAAUACAUGCAGCCUUCUCAAUGCUCUCCUGUGCUUCAGAUUUGAUGAGGGAAGGAUUGAUUUCUUUCACCUAUUUUCAGUCAUUUCAAGCCCUACUGGAGUAUUCUGCUCUGCUCUUUUCUGUCUUUUUUUUGUUCCUUCCCCUUUCUGCUCUGGAGGAGAAAGACCACCUGUUUCACAAUGAAACUGUAUUCUGAACAUCACAUGCUGAUGAGAAGCUGUCUGGAUUCUGCUGUUGCAGUGUUGACUGCCUUUCAAAAGGAACUGGACAUCUUUCUGCCAACGGAUUAUUGAGUGCACUCACGACAAAGAACACAACUCCUCCCAAAGAUCAUAGGGUGGCUCAUUACAUUCCUGAAACUUAAAGCAAACCUUGCCUUGUUGUACUCUGAUUUCAGAGCAAGACUCUGGUUGCUACAGAAGCUGGAAUUAUGUUAUGAAAUUUGCUAGAGCUUUGCCAAGGAAGCAGAACAGCUUUACUCCUUUCUCAUAUUACAUGCAUGAUGUGAUCACUCUAAUAAGAAGGAAAGAAAUGAGCAUGAGGAUUUUGUUCCACUCCAGCCAGACAGGUUAUUUAUUAUCAGAUGCUUGUUUUGCUUCAUCUUUCCUACAAAGAAGUGCAAAGGCAAGAAGAGAAGAUUUUGUUCAUGGAGAAGGGAAGAAAAUUGGUUCCAAUGUUGGUGACACUAACUGUGAUUUCUCACUGACAUUUGGAGUUACCUGCCAAUGCUUAUGGGACUGGAGAUGGCUCCCAGAUACUUUUUUCAUUUCAGCUGUUGCAAAUUGUAGACACUUCUUCCAUGUUUAGUCAUCUACAAGGGAAAGACAGUUAGGUACCUUGGCAAUCUUUGUUUUGCAAUUCACCUAAUUUAGGUGAAUUGCUGGGAAGUUUAAUUUCUUUGUUCCAUGAGUUUGUUUUUACCAAAUGAUGAAUAUGAUCCUUUUAUUAAAACAAAAAACAACAACAACAACAAAAAACAACUGUGUAUUUAUGAGACUACAGUGGUAGUGCUGAAAUGUAUAUGAAAAACUGGCUUUUGCAAGGGUAAAUGUGCUUAAGCACUUGGCUGGUCUAAAGUUGGUGGCUUUUCACAUGGGGGUUCCUGGUCAGUAGCUGAAUCCUGAACUGAAAUGCCUAUUAAAAAUUGCAUAUCAUCAGGAAAGCACAAGUGAGAUAUCUUCCUCUGAGAAAGUUGUAAUUGCUGGUCAGUCCAAAAGAGGAAAAGCUGCAAAACGUUGUCAUGCAGGUUCAUCUUCUUCUCCUGAAUGUCUCUCCUGCUGUCACAGAGCGAUGGGUUUUUGUGUAUGUGUUUUAACCAUUUGUGAAUUCUCUCAUUGAUGUAUUUGACUAUACAGUAGUGCUUCUUGAAAGAAAUUUACUCGUUGCAGUGAGAUGCUCUGUACCUAAAGAAAGGCAUAGCUGCUACUUCUAUGUUUUGAUAAAUAUUUAAGCCAACUGGAAAGGAAGGUGUGUACUUCAAUUAGGGAGAAAGUUAAACACUGUGCAGUGUUUUCUUCUGGUUGCUUUGUGGACUUAGUCAGCUCUGUAAGGGCAGUCUGUAAAAGCUGGUUGGGGUUUUAAACUAAUGGAAGAAAAGCUCGAGAGCAGAAUGCCAGAUGGGCCCCUGCUAUGCCAAAUGAGACUUGAUGUAAGUGCAGGGAGAGGAAAACAGAGAGACAAAGGUGGGGAGAAGGAAGGGAAAGGAUAUAUUUGCUUUAUAUUUUUUAUUCUAAAUGGUGCUGAGGCUUCCAGAAGUGGGUUACUCCCCACUUCGGUGCUAUAUGUGCUUAAGCUGGACCUGGGAGCAGGCUGCCAGCAUCUUGCCUGCUCCGGGGGGCACCCACCCAGAUGAUGCUUUCUGUCAGUCUGCACAGUGUUCACAGUCUGUAGCCUAUGUGGAAGAAGAGUCAUUGCUGCAGUUCUGAGGUUUUCAUCUGGCCAAUUGGGUCUGAGGCAUCGCUGCAGGAACGACUCACCAUUGAAUGUGGCUCAAUGCAGUGACCACGCUGAGGAAAUCCAUGCUGUCUCAGAUAGCUUUGUGGAGCUGGCUGUGCUGAGCCCUGCCUCCAUCAGUGACAGAUGCUGCCUGGCUGGUAUUGCCUGCUGCUGCUUACUGUGUGGAAUUUCCUGCAGAACUGGCCUGGCAGAGGAGUGGGACCAUCUUUUCUGCCUUGUUUAUCAGACUCCUGUAAUGGCACACAGUUGGAAGCUGCACAUGCCAAGAACGCUCUCCUCUUUAGGAGGAGACCCUGUGAUAUUUGGCUCCUGGGCAGUCUUGUGUCAGGCUUGCUGGGGGCAGCAGCUCAGUAGAACUGACAGACAGACACUAAAGACUGAGACUGCCUUCACAAAGGGCAACAGCACCUAUGAUCUGAUCCUGGCUGCUGGAACCACACUGCGUUUUCUGGCAGUGCAUCACUCCAGCCUGUCUGUCCUCAGGCCAUCAAGUCCUGUCCCUGCUGCACAGGUGCCUGCUCUCAUCAUCUCGGCAUGUUUGUUGCUACUAAUGAUGGGGCUCAGGUACCUGUCCAGUAGCUAACACUCAUUUCCAUCUGAAACAUCUACAUACCCUGCAGUUUUCUGACCCCAGCAAGGUCCCCUUAAAAGAAUGGGGUAAAAACCUGUGGGAAAAAUGUCUAUCCUUGCAAAAUAAUAUUUGUUAUUGCAGAACAGCUGCUUCUUGUGCAUAUUAAAAUAACUCACCUGAAGAGUGCUGAUGUGUAUGGCAUAAGGCCACCUAGUGUCAAGUCUGAGCCAUAUAACACUGGAUUGUGUCCUAAGAAUGCUGUCUGCAGACUGAGCCCAUUGUGUAUAGGGUCUCCAAUGGUCCUGUUCCUUGGGAACUCCUGGCUCAGAGCAGAACAACUUCAUGGCUGUCUUGAGGAAGGUCAGCUUGACAAACAAGAAAUGCACAGAUGGAAUGUGCAGGUUAUCGCUAGCAUCUCAAAGCCUUGGGUGGCCCUAAGCUGUGAUUGAAUGUGUGGACCUGACAACAGAGAGACUGGAAGUGCUGCUUGCACAACUCUGUAAGUACUCUAAGCAGUGGAGCACCGAUGGCACCUGCAGUGAUGUGUGUACACGUCACGUUAGCCUGGCUCUGAGGAGGAAAGCACCUGUAGAGGUCUCCAUUGUACUGUAAAUCCAGGAAAUCAUUCAGAACUCCUUUAUGACCCAGUUAACAAACAAACAGGGAGAAAAAAAGAGUGCAGGUACUCAUUAAAAGCUCGUUGUAUGUAGUUGUUAAUUAUCAUGACAACAAUAAAAUCUUGUACUAUGACAAGACUCUGGCUGCUCCUACUCUCGCUGAAUUGCAGGGGAGCGAGAAGGCUCUGUGAGUAGCAGAUUUUGGUGAGCAGAAGGAC